AAACAACGUAUAUAUUUACACUUUGCUGACAAGAGUUUGGUUUGACGACAGAGAGACAGAAUGAAGGUCAGGGUCCGGUUUGGGUCGACAACCAAAGUAAUUCCCAUCGACGAUGAAGUCGCAAAUUUUGUUCAGUUGUCAGAACUUCGAAGACUUAUCCACGAAGCAUUUGGUGAUUCCUUGACCGGCUCCUUCUCACUGAGCUUAAAUAAAACAGAUAUUUUCAAAGAUGAGACACAAACUCUAAAAGAUUAUGAAAUUGUCUCUGGAGAUUUACUGCACAUAAUCUCUGACAGUUCCUUCGCAGAACCCAAUCAAAAGAAAACCAAACCUCUGGAUCCACAGAUGAAUGUAAGUAACACCAUAAAGGACAGUACAUCCUCAAAAGAUCCUGAAAAUACCAAUAUUUCAACAGUGGAGAUUGAACCAGAAGCUGCUACAUCUCAGUCAACAUGUGGUUUUGAUACUUCCUAUUCACCGCAAUACAUUAGUGGAGACAAAAUAUCACUUCAGAUGCUCCUGUCAGAAACCCCUCCUAAAAAUCUACAUCAGUCUCUAAUUGUUGCUCUCCACUAUUUAAUGCUUGACUCUGGAUUUUAUUUAUGUGAUGGUUCUGAAGUCCCAGAUGUUAAUACAUAUGCAGCAUGUUGUGAUGUCAAAAACCAGUUGAGCAAGUUUGCCGAUAUUCUGAAAGCUACUGAAUUUUACAAAUUGUAUUACUUCCACCCUUUCUGUAAAGGAGCGAUGUGUUUAAUGAUCUGUGUUCCAAUGGGGUCUAAGCUUGUUAUCAAUGGUAAAGUUGUGACACCUAAAGUGGAAAACAGCAGUUUACCAAAAGCUAUUUUGUGCCCUAAGGAAUAUGUCAAUGAAGAGAACAACUCAGAGUCUUUUACAACUUCCUACCAAAAGCUGUCUAAGCUGACUCGCAUUUUUAAAGAUACUUUUGUCUUAUGUAUGUUGGGAGAACUAAAACAUGCCCUCGGGUUUCCAGACUACACAGGAUUACUUGCUUUACAUUCUGAAAUCAUGCUAAACAUCAUGAGUCACCUUGAUGUGAAAAGCCUCUCAAAAUUUAGUCAAGUCUGUCGACAUUUAUGGAUUUUAAGUCAAGAUAACCUUUUAUGGAGAACAUUGUGCCAAAGAGACUUCAAAGGAUGUGACACAACAGAUGUUGCUAAUGACUGGAGAAAAAAAUAUAAGGGACUGUAUCAGUCUCAGAAACGAACUGAAGUGUUGCGAGGUCCACUAAAUCCUUUGUGCUUCCAGAUGCCUCAUCCUUUUUGCUUCCCCCCUCCCGCACCACAGCCAUCACCUUUCUCAACUAUUGGCGGAGACUAUGACCUACAACCAGCGUACUUUAGCACCAGGUCAAGACUCUUCCGAGAUCCAUUCAUGUAGGCAAUAUCAGAAAAGUCUACUUCAAUUACUACUCACUGAGAUCAAAGAAGAUGAAGAAACUUUCUUUUUUACCAUCAGUUUUCAAACACAGAUAAUCCUUGCAAUAAAAUAUUAAUUUUAUUAUUGA